UAACUAAUGUUGAUUGAUGAAUUAAUUUCUCUUAUAAUUACAUGUAUGAGCACACACACACACGCACACUCACACGCACACUCACACGCACAGUGUCGUGUCACAGAGACUUUAGAAAAAAAGCUAAAUAAAUUAAAAUAUAUCACAAUAAGAGAGCCAACCUAGAUAGCUUGUUAUCCUAGCUACAAAGAGGCAUCAAAGGAAAAGGAAUCACAAACAAUCAAUUCAGUUAAUCAGUAAGUAUUGAAUUAAUUAUUCAAAUCCAACUACAAACAAAUCCAAAAAGUACGAUUAAUAAACAAACCUCCGAAAUUCCACUUUCACCAAAAUAGAAAUAAUCAACCGGCCCAUUUUGAGCAGGUCAUACCGAUUUUUUAAAUCCACGUCAUCAGGCUCCAGAGAUCAGCUCAUUUGUCUCUUUGUCCAACUUUAAUUUGGCUUCCUGUUCUUCCUCAUUUAGCAAAUAUGUCCAGAAACUGUUUCAUCUUAUCAAUUAUCUCCAUCUCUCAGUUCCUCUCACGCCUCAGUUCUCUUCCACGCUGCCUUUGUUUGAUUUCCCUCCUUUUUGGCUCGCAGGUGUGUCCAAUUUAUCAUCUCCCUUGCCCCUCCUUCUUUUAAAGGGCAAUUCUGUCAAUUUAAUUUUCUCCUUACUGCUACAACAGUGUCUGUAGGCAACUUAAAAAAAGAGGAUGCACAUAUAAAAACAGGAAGCUUGAUGAUCAGAGGAAGAAAAAAAACUGAGGAAAUACGUUGAACAUGAACUAAUGAUUACGACGGACGCAUAUCAUCAUUUUUUAAGUUGACAGAAUGCUGAUGAACCACACAAACCAAACGGAGGACGACCUCUUCUCCUGCUACAGUCCCUCAGUCGUGGGCUACCGGUACUUCGCUGUGCUGUGGGGAUGUGCUGUGACCAUCACUGGAACAGUCGGGAACCUGAUGACCAUUCUGGCCUUCGCCUUAGACCCCCGUCUGAGGACUCGCUUCAAUGUGCUGAUCGUCAACCUUGCUGUAGCUGAUCUCCUUUACUGCACCAUACUGCAGCCUAUCUCUGUCGACUCCUACCUACACCUCAGAUGGCGCAGUGGUGAGCUCUGGUGCACCAUCUUCGGCCUGCUGCUCUUCCUCUCCAACUCUGUCUCCAUCAUCACCCUUUGCCUGGUGGCAGUGAGCAGAUAUCUCCUGGUUGCAAAGCGGACUGUGUUUGAUCGUGUCUUCUCUGACCGAGGUCUAAUGUUACUCCUGGCCUCGGCAUGGGCGCUCGGCCUGGCCAGCUUCAGCCCGCUCUGGUCUGUCUACGUGUUCGUGCCACAGGUGUGCACAUGCAGCUUCCAUCGUACCAGGGGUCGCCCCUACACCACCAUCCUGCUCUUUUUCUACUUCUUUGUUGGUCUGACCUGCGUUGGUGUAUUCUACCUACUCAUCUACAAACGUGUCCAGAUUGCCUCGCAGGCUCUGCUUCGCUACAGGCCCAGCCGCAGGUCGUCCAGGAGGAAACCAGCUUCCUCAGUGCAAGGGACUGAUGACAGUGGUGUAGAGAGUGGCAUGGCCAACACAUGUAGCUGUGAGAUUAGCAGCCAGGCAGAUCUGUCACAAAGCAAAGAUCUUAUCACCGACAAAACGGUCAACCAAUCUACCCAGAGCUCUGCCACAGUCUCAAAUCCAUCAGCAGUCAACAGGCCUCCUGAUCUCACCCCUGCACCAACUUCAUCCACGACCGCAGCAACAACUUCCCCCUCAGCCACUUCAGGAGAUGAUGGCGAAUUCAAGCGAGUGACGCGCAUGUGCUUCAUUGUUUUUCUGUGUUUCGUGUGCUGCUUCGUGCCCUUCCUGUUGCUCAACAUAGCCGACAAACAGAACCGCGCCCCACAGGUACUGCACAUGUUCUGCGCAAACCUCACGUGGCUCAACAGCUGCAUCAACCCCGUGCUUUAUGCGGUCAUGAACCGACAGUUUCGACAGGCCUACCAUCUGCUGCUCGCCAGGGCCGCUGUGCCCUUCACCAGCCUCUGGACCCGCUUACAGCCUCUGAGAUCCUGACCUCCUCUAACGUAAACCUGCCUGAUAAACCCAGGAUGAUAUCAUUCUAGUGAAAUACAAGACUUUUACUCUGUCUGAAAUUUAAGUUGUGUGAAGUUGUGAGACUUAUUUUGUAGAAAGAAUGAAUGAAAAGAGUAAGGCAGGGUCUUAGUUUUCAUACAGUGAAUAAAAGUUUGACUUUAAAGUAAUACAAGUUGCACUGUUGCUGUCAGAAUUUGGUGCAACGAGCCUGGACAUGAUUGCUGUUUUAGUUUCCGCGGUAUCUGUUAUAUCACAUGAAAAACCACAGCUGUUACAAAAUCAGCACUGGAUAUCCCUGUCUAACACAACAUGACUCAUUUCAAUAACGCAGGAACCUAUGACUCUUACCAGUGACUCAUCUCUUAAUGAGUGUCAACAUGCUCCCAGUGUAUGACUCAUGAGAAACAGGCUUCAGGUGAUAUGUACGGUGAGCAAGAGAGCUCAACGCACGGCAGAUUAAGAAAACACACGCAAAUAGAAAAAAACACGUGCAAAUUGAGCUACAGCCAGGUUCAUCACUUUUUUGGGUCCCCUGGAAACAUUUUCGGUGUCGUUUUUGCAAUUUGCAGCGCGUUCCUGUGUUUGCAUGUGUGACUUUUUGCAGCGCAUGGGUCAAAUUGAUAUUUUCUGAGUUUAGUAUAGCACCUUCAAAUUAAGUAAAUUUGUGAAUAGGAAGUUGGUAGACAAGUGCCUCCUACUGCAUGUUGGUGAUGAAGACCUAUUCCACCUCAUCAGGCUGCAUAUUUGUUCAAAAGUGUGAGGUCUAGCCUGAGGGUGGCAGCAGGGGAAGGGGUAUGCUGUCCCCAACAUUAUGGCCAAUUUAAAACAUCUCACACAGGAAGCAAAUGGAGUUUGACAUACCAACCAUAAGCCAAAUCAGGCUAAUAAUCAGUCUUGGGUCAUGUAAUAUCAGUGAUAUACUGAUAACAAAUGAAUGCGACUCUGGAGCGAGAAGGGUGUAAUAUAUAAAAGCACUCAAACAUGGGUAAAGCUAAACUACAGAUAAUUUCAAAUCAAAUCAACAGCUGAUUUUGUGCCAACUCGCAGAACAGAGCAACAUUGGAAGUUGUGUUUCUGGUCACAUGGGGAAAAUAAUCAG